ACUGCUUUGGCUCUUCAUCCAAUAUAUCAAAAUACGAAACAUGGCAGUGAUCGUCGCUAGCUUGAAAGCAGCGACCAUGAUGAUCGGCAUUGCCGCCUUCCUCCUCUUCGCAUUGCCUCCGGCGACCGCCGGGCCGGUCUACGAGACCCUCCCGCUGCCGCAAGGAACCAACGGCCCCGAGUCUCUCGCCUUUGACCUCUUCGGCUCCGGGCCCUACACCGGCAUCUCCGAUGGUAGGAUCGUGAAAUACGUCCCCCUUCUUGGCUUCACCGAUUUUGCCUUCACGGCGCCGACCCGGAACAAGACCUUCUGCGACGGGAAAAACGCGACCGUCGACGCGACUGUGGGGAGAAUUUGCGGGAGGCCGCUAGGAAUCGCGUUCAACGCCACUCAAUUUCUCUUCAUCUGCGAUGCUUACUUGGGACUUUUUGUGGCAUCGCCUCUCGGAGGACGAGCGACCCGACUAGUUUCUUCGGCGGGAGGCGUCGCGAUCCGCUUCUGCGACGGAUUGGACGUCGAUCUCAACACCGGUCUCGUCUACUUCACAGACGCCAGCACGAAUUACCAGCUCAGCAAUAUUUCCCAAGCCAUCUCGAGUAGGGACAGGACAGGAAGGCUACUUAGAUUUGACCCGAGGACCAACCAAGUGACGGUGUUGGCAAGGAGCCUUUCGGGCCCUGCCGGUGUGGCGGUGGCCGCCAACAGUUCCUACGUCCUCGUCACCCAGUUCAUCAACGGCACCAUCACGAAGUUCCACCUCACCGGCCCCAAUGCCAACACGGCUCAAACCUUGCUGAGCGGUGUCACGGGUGCGGACAACAUCAAGAGGAGCGAGCGAGGCGACUUCACGCUCACGCAGAACCCGCGGCCCUUCAGCCUGAGAGCACUGAGGAUCAACGGAGACGGGGCGGUCCUUGCGAACGUGUCGAUCGGCGGCCCUUACGCCGAUGUCCCAUCCAUCAGUGAAGCUCAACUGGUUGGCUUGUUCACUUACAUUGCGUCUUUGUAUGCGAAUUUUGUUGGCAAAAUCCUUGGGUCCGGGCUCUCUCCAAUCAACAGCUAAGGCCUUGAUAUAGCUACGAUGCUUCUCAAUAAGUGUGGUGAUUAAUAAAAGUUCGGAGUCUUGUGCUAUCAUUUCGUAUGUGCUUUUGCUAUAAAGAGAUGCGUGUUUGAACAUGUGCUCCGUCGUUCGAGUUAUCUAAUU